GAGCGCCCCUCCCCUCCCGCCUCAGCUCCUGCCCCUUUUGUUCCACGCAAAGCGGUGGGGAGCGAGCGUAGCGUUCAGCCCAGGCGCACGUUGGGCUGGAGAGCGCUCUGCCUGACAUCUGGAGGAGGGGACCCACAACAGGCGCCCGCUGGCCCCCUCUGCCUCUUCCUUUCUCUCUCUGGACUCUUCAAGGAGGCUGCAUGGAUGCUUUUUGGCAGAAUCCUUCCUGACAUCCUUUGUCCAUGCCCUGCUCUGCAUUUCCCCUUGGGCUGGAUGCAGGGAGCUUCCAUCCAAAGGGAGUGGCUGGCUGGCUGCUUUUCCUCCUACCCCCCCCCCCCGGGAUACAGCUCUUUCUGGCUGAUGUUGUGGCCUAAACCAGCCUGAGGAGGGUAGCCCUGGAUCUCCCCCCGCUUUUUUUUUUUUUGCAACAGAAGAAAAGCUGCAGGGUUGCGAGGAAGGAGACCGCUUACUGUCUAAAAGAUCUCAAAAGAUGUUUUGUCUCUCAUACACCAUUUGUCAACGCCUGCCUUUCUGGAUGUUCAUCUUUGCGGUACGGAAGUGUUAGCCAAGGGUCCCCAGUGUUGACAACUAUGGGGCUGACUGAAAGAGUCAAAACACCUUCAUCUGAAUCUCUACAAAGGAAAAACAGGCAGGUGCUUGUGUGGGAUUUGGUAAGCUGAGGGAGACAGGACAGAUGAAGAGAGAUGAAAGGGCCCGUUGCCUAGAUGCCCGACAUUGUGACACCAAGUAAUUGAUCGGCGGUUGGUCAGAAUCCCUUGGCUUAAACCACAAACCUGGGCAAAGAUGCUAAAACCAAGCGGACUUAAAAUUCCCGGGAGGGCUGGGAAGCACCCCAGCCCUGUGGGGCGCCCUGGAGGUACCGCGACCACAGCAGCCUCCACCACCGCAGCCACAAAAGAAGGGUCACCUCUGCACAAACAGGGCUCUGCGUCUUCCACUGCUGCUGCUGUCGCCGCUGCUGCCACCGCCACCACCACCACUGAGAAGCCAUCAAGCUCCAAGGCCACCGAGGUGGGCGACGACUUCGUGGGUGACUUUGUGGUGGGCGAACGUGUCUGGGUGAAUGGAGUGAAGCCAGGUGUGAUCCAGUAUCUGGGAGAGACCCAGUUUGCGCCCGGACAGUGGGCGGGGGUCGUUCUCGAUGACCCGGUUGGGAAAAAUGAUGGCUCUGUGGGUGGCAUGCGCUAUUUUGAGUGCCAGCCCUUGCAGGGGAUCUUUACUCGGCCUUCCAAGUUGACCCGCCAGCCCACCGCAGAGGGAUCGGGGAGUGAUGCCCAUUCUGUGGAGUCCCUGACGGCGCAGAACUUGUCCCUGCAUUCAGGGACCUCCACCCCUCCCCUCUCCACCCGUGUCAUUCCUCUGCGGGAGUCCGUCCUCAAUAGCACCAUGAAGACAGGGAACGAAUCUGGAUCAAACCUCUCCGACAGCGGAUCGGUGAAAAAAGGGGAUAAAGAUUUCCGGCUUGGAGACCGUGUCCUGAUCAAUGAAAAAAACCCAAAAAUGGGCUCAUCAAAUAAGACCUACCACAAAUAUCAUAAUGGAUCUGUGCUGAGAGGGGAAGGAUUCAGUGUCCCAAUGUGCUACUGUCCAACGUCAAAGCCCCGGCCUUUAAAAAAAAAGGUCGGCGGAACAAAAACAGGGGUUGUGCGCUAUGUGGGGGAGACGGAUUUUGCCAAAGGAGAAUGGUGCGGGGUCGAGUUGGAUGAACCUUUGGGGAAAAAUGACGGGGCUGUUGCGGGAACGAGGUAUUUUCAGUGUCCGCCCAAGUUUGGCCUCUUUGCUCCAAUCCACAAGGUCAUCCGGAUCGGCUUUCCGUCCACCAGCCCGGCCAAAGCCAAGAAGAGCAAGCGAAUGGCCAUGGGCGUGUCGGCCUUGACCCACAGCCCCAGCAGCUCCUCCAUCAGCUCCGUCAGUUCCGUGGCCUCCUCUGUCGGGGGAAGACCCAGCCGGACCGGGCUGCUGACGGAGACCUCCUCCCACUACGCCCGGAAGAUCUCAGGCACAACGGCCCUGCAGGAGGCUCUGAAGGAGAAGCAGCAGCACAUUGAGCAGCUGCUGGCCGAGCGCGACCUGGAGCGAGCUGAGGUUGCCAAAGCAACUACCCGCAUCUGUGAGGUGGAGAAGGAGAUCAGCAUCCUGAAAGCCCAGCACGAGCAGUACGUCGCUGAAGCAGAAGGAAAUUUGCAGAGAGCACGUACCUUGCUAGAUGGAUCACAGAAGGAAAAGGUUGAGUUGCUGAAUCAGUUGGAAGAGGAGAAAAGGAAGGUAGAAGAUUUGCAGUUCCGCGUCGAGGAAGAAUCUAUUACAAAGGGAGACUUGGAGCUGACGACGGUUGCAGAGAAGUCGAGAAUCCUCCAACUAGAGGAAGAGCUGACGUUAAGGCAAAGUGAGGUUGAGGAGCUCAGGCAGUGUUUGAAGAACUCUCAUCAGCCGGAUUCUCCGGAGCACAGCCUCGGUUUGCAGUCGGAAGCUCUCCGUCUCCGCGACCAGCUGCUUUCGGCCAACAAGGAGCACCAGAAAGAGAGCAGCCAGCUGAAGGAGAAAUACGAAAGAACCCUGAAGAACCAUCAGCAAGAGGUUGAGAGGCUGAAGGCACUCAAUGAAAAAUAUGCGCAGGAGAUUGUGGACCUCAAGCAUAAGGUUCAGCAGGCCACCAACGAGAACAUGGGGUUCAUGGACAACUGGAAAUCCAAGCUGGACACGUUGGCGUCCGACCACCAGAAGUCGCUGGAGGAUCUCAAGGCCACCUUGAACAUGGGCCCCGACAGCCAGCAUAAGGAGAUAGUGGAGCUGAAAGCUGUGGUUGAGAGUAUCAAAUUGGAACACCAGCUGGAGCUGGAGAACUUGAAAGCCAAGCACGACAUUGAGAUGGCCGUCCAUGUGAAGGAGAAGGAAAGCCUGAAGCUGAAGCUGCAGGACGCGAAAGGCGAGGCGGAGGAGAGCGCCAAGAACUGGAAGGUGCAGCUGGAAGCCAAAGCCAACCUGCACCUCCUUGAGCUUCACGAGCUGAAGGAGAAGUGCCGAGACGCGGAUCUCCGGGUGCACGAGCUGGAGAAGCUGCACGGUGACUACAAAGACCAGGCGCAAGCCAUCGCUUUCUUGAAAGAGCAGAUCUCUCUGGCCGAGAAGAAGAUGCUGGACUACGAGACGGUGCAGAAGACGGAGGCUCAGAGCAAGCAAGAGAUCCAGCGGUUGCAAGAGAAAGUCCUGGUGCUGGAGAACAAGCUGCAGUCUGCGGAGCCGCUUCACCCGUCCCAACAUGCCAACAUGAUUGAAACCAAUGACGUUUCAGAAGAAAAGAUCAAGAUGAAGCAGACGAUGGAAGAUCUCCAGGACAAGUUGAGUAAGAAGGAUAAAGAGGUGUCGUCACUCGUCUCCCAGACAGACACCCUAGGGGCCCAAGUAAGUGCAUUGGAAAAUAGAUGUAAAAGCACUGAAAGGAAGGCAGAUUCUCUGUUGAAAGAGAAGAAAAGGCUGGAAGCAGAACUGGAAACGGUGUCUCGGAAAACGCACGAUGCUUCUGGUCAGCUGGUCCUAAUCAGCCAGGAGUUACUAAAAAAAGAAAGAAGCCUGAACGAACUGCGCUCUUUGCUAAUGGAAGCCAACCGGCACUCUCCGGGGCCCGAGCGGGACUUGAGCCGCGAGGUGCACAAAGCCGAGUGGCGGAUGAAAGAGCAGAAGCUGAAGGAUGACAUCAAAGGGCUGCGGGACAAGCUGACCAUCCUGGAUAAAGAGAAAGCAGUAACGGAUCAGCGCCGAUACUCUCUCAUAGACCCUUCAUCGGAGUCAGAAGUUCUCCGGUUGCAGCAUCAGCUGGUCAGCACCGAGGACGUGCUGAGGAACGCAUUGGAGCAGGGGCAGCAGAUGGAGAAGCUCAUGGAGGCCAUGAGAAGCUGCUCUGAAAAAGCACAGACUGUUGGAAACUCCGGAUCUGCUAAUGGGAUCCACCAACAGGAUAAAUCUCACAAACAAGAGGAGAAGCACUGAUGAAGGAGAACGGAUGGAGAAGACUUCUUUCGAUGCUAGGACUGGCUCUGGAGAAGAGGCAGAACAAGCAAUGCCCCCCCCACAAGCCCCCCUCUCGGCUUAAGCGCCACCUAAAAUUAUUUCCAGUAUUCCUGCUCUAUGAACAGUUCUGGGUUCAUAGCGCAUGUUCGCAGACGCAGACAGGAUGGUCCUUCCUCAACGGUUCAUAUUUUGCAAGCCGGGUCUGGUUCCCCAAGAGAGCGGUGCAGCAGUUGUGUGUGUGUGGCUGAAUUUCUCUGCCACUGUUUGCAGUGUUCAGUGACUGUUUUAUUGGCAUGUCUUGUGCCAGGUUUUUUUUGGGGGGGGGGGGAAUGCCCUGUUGUGUUGGUUGGUAGGAACAUCUCAUUUUCCGUGGCCUGAUGGGAGAUGUCUGGAAAUUCCCGAAACGCUCAAGCAGCGAAGGAUUUGCCCUUGGUGGUUUAAUCCCUCUGUCUGCAUCCCCCUGAAGGGUGCUCUUCCUUUUCCGUCCAAACACUUGACAGGGCUGCAAAACAGCAGUGGCCAAGGGCUGACGACCAUGGGGGACAACUCUAUUCCAAGAUGUCAACUGUGGAAGGCAUUGGGUAAGGCAAUCUCCCUUACCUGCAAAAAAAAAAAAAAAAAAAGACUCCAGAAUGUGCUUAUAAUAUGGGAUCUAAAUGUGGAGGCAGACCUUUCUCUAAACUUAUUUUAGCUUUGGUAACUGUCGAGUUGUUUGGUAAUUUGGAAUUUAUGAAAAAGGAGGUGUAUGUUUGCUGGGGCCUGUGUAGUUCAUGCCUCUUGUCUGUUUGGAGGUCUCUCUACCUGAGUUGGGAGGGACUGAUGCAGUUACAAAUGCAGCAAAGACGGUCCAGAUCUUCUGCUUCUUACUCUCUGUCUUUUGGUGAAUUCGUCCUGUUUGCUUUUGAAGGCCUGGAGCAUUUUUCCAGUGGCCAGAGGGAGACUUUAUACCGUUCAUUUUUCUAACACAAGCCCAGUUCAUACACUCAGUGGAAUCGAGAAAUAAAACUCUCUCUUUUUUUUUGUCCAGACCUGUACUGGUCUUUUGGCAGCAUGGUUUGAGAGUUCAGCUGCCUCAAACAAAUAACCAUUAUAUCUCCUUGCAUGUAGAAAGCUAGCAAGGCAGAAAGGUUCAACCUUAUCUUUUCCCUGCCAUGCUGGCUUCCCCCCCCCUCCAAUAUGUAAUGAGCCUUUUCAUGGGGCCUCAUUGUGAUGUAGAUUGUAGAACUGGGGUAGGGAAUUUGUGGCCCUCCAGAUAUUGUUGGACUACAACUCCCAUCAUCCGGGACCAUUGGCCAUGCUGGCUAGGGCUGAUGGGUGUUGGAGUCCAGUGGCCUAUGAAAGGCCACAAGUUGUCCAUACGUGCAGUAGAGGUACAGUCUAGAUACAGCCUUACCAACUUGAUUCCCUGCAUGUAUAAAUUGGACUGCAGAGAUUAAUCUCCAAAUGGGAAUGUGUGUGUGUGUGUGGUUUUUUUCUCACACAUGAAUGUUGGGGUGAGUGUUGUUGUGUGUUGUUUUUCCUUCCCAUUAGCAGUACACUGACAUGAGCAUUUGUGGCCACAUGCACAUGAUCAAACUUUGGCAUCAUAAUAUGAGAUUUGCACAGAUUUCAUGCAAUUUGUGAAUGAGCGGGGGAACCAAGCUAGGAAGCCAUAGUUUCCCAUUGCAUCUGAACCAGGAAACGAUGGCUAGUGGCUUCCAAACAAGCCAGAAUGCCAAACGAUCUUUUAAAAUUGGCUUCCAGAUCCUGGGUUGCUUGGAAGCCAUUAAACCUAGUUUCCUGGAUCAGAUAUAACGAUCCCUUGUGACAGUCCCUUGCACCAAGGGGGUGAAGCUCAUGUGUGUCUCAGCUUAUUUAGCAGAUAUUAGAUUGCCUGAAUGUGAACCGUAUGCAUUUUGUGUUACAAAAUACCUCUUUUUCCCCCUCACAGAUUUAUCUCAGUAUUAGAAACAUCAACUUAGGAAGCAAUGACAAAUAGAGAGAAUGUCUGGGCUUAAGCCAAGAAAAGGCCUCUGAGUCAGAAUUGCCUUUGUCCUCUGAGGGUGACUUGAAUUCAGAACCUACUGGCUCUAAAAACGUAUGUGGGUGAACGUUCCCUCCUCUUUCCCAUUGCUAGGAGCUUCUUGCGACUUUUUCAACCUAAUAGCUCCUCUUCCUAUCUGGGAUCUGGAAAAUCUGAGAGUCGCUAUGAGUCAAAGCUGGUUUCCAAUACUGUCGCUGCCACUCAACGCAAGAGUGAUUUGCCACUGUUAACUUCUGUUGCGAGCCAAGGAAGCGAGAAGAGUUAGGGAAUCAGAUUGCUGUAGGACCAUGCUGCGGCACGCCGGAUGUUGUUAGACUCUUGACUCCCAUCAUCCCUAACCAUUGAUCAUGCUGGCUGGAACUGAUGGGAGUCAGAGCCCAAUGACUUGUGGAGGGCUACCGAGCUGCCCCAAAUUGAUGUAGGACCAGUGCAAAGGAAGGUUUAGUCUACCAGUAGCUUAAGCGCCGAUGUAGCUUAAAACACAAUGGGAUCAGCGACUCUAGCGUGGGAAGGGCGAAAGAAUGGGUGUUCAAAAAAACGAAUUUUUGAAAAGAAUUCCAAAAAAUGCAGAGCUUUCAAUAGCAAAUUUACAGGGUAUCUCCGCCCCCUCCCCUGAGCGGAUUACAAGCGGAGCUCAGAUUCCAACAAUGUUUUCACCCGGCUCUUACUUCAGGCAUGGGGAACCUUUGGCCCUCCGGCUGUUGCUGAACUACAACUCCCAUAAGCCCCAGCGAGCACCCGCAAUGGCCAGGGCUGAUUAGCUCAGCAACAUCUGGAGGGCCAAAGGUUCCCUACGCCUGUCCUACUUAGUCAACACAGUCCCUGCCAAAAACAGCCGGCUUCCUUCUCCGCGUAGUUUUUUGCAUUUCAAGCCAGUUCUUAAUUUAUUUUCAUUUUUAAGUUAUGUCAUUACCAGGUACGUUGCUAAUUGCUAGAACAUCUUCAGAUUGUGUGUGUGUGAUUCAUUUAUAUACAGCCAAAUGAUGCCUCCAACAGUUCCUUUGAUCUUUGCAGGGAAAUGUGCCUUGUUGCACCUCACAUUCUGGGCCUUGCAUACAAUACAGCGUUAAGUAAGCCUCCCAUCAGCGCAAGCAUUUCUGCUGGUGCAAUGGGGCUUCUCCCCUCUCCUCCCCCUGCAUGCACUCCACACCCACCCCAAAUCUGCUCUGGCAAUUUGGGGCAAGCCUCAGAACAAAUUUAGGGGCAACACAGGGAGGAAAGUCCCACUGUGCAAGCAUAAAUCCUUGCACUGAGAAAAUGCUUGCUUACCACUGCAUUGGAUGCAAGUCUGGACCUCCAGAGCUCCUCUCUUGACCUCUAAGAGAAGUCCAUAGGCCAACGCAAGGUCAGAGUUUCAGAAUGCUGCACGGCUCCGCAUGCACAGCUAUCUCCAACUCAGUCUGGAAUGCAGAUGUGGCCUUUAUGCUAUUCCGCCUCUUUCCUUGAGAAGGGGUGCUUAAAGGGUCAACUGGACUCAGUUUUCUCUACAUUAGUUGCCUCCUAGGCAUCUUGUCUACCCUGGAAGUCUGGUGAUGGGAGCACAAGACUCUAGGUCAGGUGUGGGGAACCGUUGACCCUCUGGAUGUUGCUGAACUGCGACUCCCAUCAGCCCCAGCAAGUAUGGCCAACUGCUAGGGAUGAUGGGAAUUGUAGUUCAGCAACGUCUAGAGGGCCAAAGGUUCCCCACACCUUCUGUAGUUAGAGAAGCAGUUUCUGGGAGUCUUGACUGACAUGGUCUGGGUCUAGCUGGGGGGUGAAGAACCUGUGGUCCCGAAUGGGCUGCUGGACUACAAAUCCCAUCCUCCCUAACAUUUGGCCAUGUUGGCUGGGGAUGAUGGGAGUUGUAGUCUUACAACAUCUGGAGGGUUGCAGGUUCCCCUCCCCUGGUCUAGCCUGCUCAUUGGCCCUCACUCCCAGUUCUUCUCAUACACUUCAUCUAGGUCAAAGCUAGAGCUGUCGCCCGAGGUGGAGGUUAUGACACUGAGUCUGCUUCACAUAAUUUUGAUCUCCUUUGAUGAUCUUGGUGAGGAAGGCUUUGGGGGGAGUGCAGUGGAAUAACUUUCCCAUGUGUUUCCAUGGUAAAAGCAAGGGUAGGCAAUAUGGUGCUCUCCAGACAGUGUUGGACCCUAUCUCCGACCAGACCAGCCAGCAAGGCCAAUGCUCAAGAAUGAUGGGAGUUGUAGUCUGGAGGGCACCACAUUGGCUAUAUCCCAAAAUAUAAACUUUGCCAAUAUCUACAGUAUUAGGAAGAAUAAGGGAGGGAUAUGUGAAGGAACCAAGCACAUUCUGUUUCCUUCCUGUAAUUUUUGACAUAUUCUUACCCAAACUUUGCACAACUUGAUGUGAGCUAGAGCAGCCUUCUCCAACCUGGUGCCCUCGAGAUGUCGUUGGAUGCCCAGCUCCCAUCAGCCCCCGCCAGAUGGGGAAUGCUGCGCUAGAAGAUGGCUCAAAUGUUACCGCUUUCUGGGUUUGCUACAGAAGGACACAUGGACAUUCUUGCUUUCUGAAAAAUAACAAAGAUUUUGGGAGAUAAGAAAUGGAUCAUGCUGCUGGGCAAGCGAAGGAAGCAGAGAGUAAGCUGGUGCCUAUGAGGACCGCUGAGAAAACACCGCCGUGAACGCCACGUCGACUUUCACUCCUUUUUCUCUUACGUUUCGUUUUGAUGAAUUACGUCUGUUUAUGGAUGGACAGAAGUGAUUCUUCUCUAUCACCUCUUAGUUUUCUAUCUAUGUCAUUUCGCUAGGCUUUUGAACAGAUUUAUCCACAGGCCCUAUUUGGGACGCAAAUGCCAAAGACGGCGAAUGCUCCCCAUCAAAAUGCUGAGGGCCUCAUUCCCCUCAGGUUUACCAGUAUGUUAAAGGAGCGUCCCCACGCUGUUCCUUCUUUUCACUGUUCCUGAGGUGAAAUGGGAUUAUCUGCCGUGUUCCUUUUUUCAUUAAUCCACUCCUGUUUCUCUUUAUUUUUCUAGAAUUGGUGGUAGAAUUUAUCCACUGUGGCUAUAACACAGGUAUCCAGAUGUUGCUGAACGAUGACUCCCAUCAUCUCUGGCCAUUGUCCACACUGACUGGGGCUGAUGGCUGUUGGGUGUCUGACAGCAUCUGGAGGGCUAAAGGUUCCCCUUCUCUGCCCUAGAUUAUUGUCCCCUCCCCAAAGGGAUUUUCAUAUAUAGUGCCAGUAUAAUGGUCAAACUGCUCAUCUGUCACACCUCUUUAUGACCAGGGGCCUCAAUAAAUCUAUAAAGGGAGGUAUGCUUAAUUUAUUUUUCCAGCCAUUAUGCCAUUUUUGCAGGAGAAAGUGUAAGGAUUGUCAGGUGCAAGAAUUAAAAUUUAAGGCCGUUCAGAGUGGGUGGGCAAGGGGACGCACAGCCAUACUUGCCGAGUCUCUAGAAGGCCAAAGUGGUUUCUCCAGAAGGAUCAAGAGAACUUUGUCAACCAGGCUUCACCAACUAGGCUUCUACCUUCUAGAUGUUUUGGCUAAUGGGGGUUGCCGUCCGAAACAUCUGGAAGGCACAAGGUUGGCAAAGGCACUUAUUUUUUUAAAAAGACACUCGGCAGCAAUACAACGUGUGUGUUGUCUCCUCGAGGUGCAGUGGUUACACUUCUUAAGGCCAAAUAACGUUAGGGCAUAGAUGGUAAAGAGAUGGCCUCAACUAAGGAUGGUCAUAAUGGUCCUUUUUUUCUCCUUUGAGGCUGCCAAGUAAACAUAUACAUGUUGUCAACUUCACACCAAGACAAACCACGGUACCCAAGCGAGUCUUAAUGGAAAGCUUUCUAGCAAUUCAGCACUUAAUCUUGUAUGGAUCUAUUAAUGAAUUCACUAAACGAACAAGGCCAACUUCGUGGCCUCUCGGGCAGGGUCUGAAUCAAGCUGAUACUAGAUGUAAAAAUGAAAUGAAAUAUGGAUAACCUUUUACCCAUGUGGUAUGUAUUCCAAUUUUGUAGUUUUAGUCACUUUUUUGGCUAUCGAAUUUUGUUAGAUCAAGAAAAUCAGUUUGACAGCUAAUGUCCUAUUUUGUUAUUGGCUUAAUUUUGUCCUUUUUCUCUCUGUACAAAAGCUUGACAGAUGGGCGCCGAUUAAGUGUACCUACGUCUACAGAUUAUGUAUUCAUGUAUCGCAGGCCCUCCAACAGGCUUGCUACAGUGUGAUGAGCUCAUACUAAACCAAUAAAACUUGUGGCGG